CUACUAAAAUAUUCUCAAAAUGUUUUAAAUUGUGUUCGUAUUUAUCGUGUUGUUAAACCAAAAUCAGAUAUGGUCAUGCGAUUACAAUCUGAAGCAAAACGUGCACAAGAUGAUUUAAAUAAUACACAACAAGAACUUGAUGAUUUACAACGAAUGUUAACAGAAUUAAAUAAAACAUACGAAGAUGCUAUGGAAAAAAAACGAAUUAUUGAAGAAGAAACGGCUAUUAUGGAAAGACGAAAAGUAGCAGCAGAUAAAUUAAUAUCUGGUUUAUCAUCAGAAAAAUUACGAUGGGCUGGUGAUUUAGAAGAACUUAAACAUAGACUUCGUCGUUUACUUGGUGAUACAUUAAUAAGUGCAUCAUUUUUAGUAAGUAUUUUAAUUCAAAUUAAUAGUGUGUAUUAUACUAUGUUACAUAAUUUUAUUUUAAAAAUUUUUUUAAAGGCUUAUGUUGGUGCAUUUACAUGGGAAUUUCGUCGUGAAUUAAUUGUAGAAUUAUGGGAAAAAGAUUUAUUAGAAAAACAAAUACCAAUAUCUCAACCAUUACGUUUUGAUGAAUUAUUAACAUCAGAUGUGGAAAUAAGUAAAUGGACAAGUGAAGGAUUACCACCAGAUGAAUUAUCAGUACAAAAUGGUAUUUUAACAUUACAAUCAAGUCGUUUUCCAUAUUGUAUUGAUCCACAACAACAAGCAUUAAAAUGGAUUAAAAAACGUGAAGAAAAAAAUAAUUUAAAAUUAGUCACAUUUCAUGAUAGUGAUUUUUUAAAACAUCUUGAAAUGGCAAUUAAAUAUGGAUUUCCACUUUUAUUUCAAGAUUGUGAUGAAUAUAUUGAUCCAGUCAUUGACAAUGUAUUAGAAAAAAAUAUUAGAGGUGUUGAAGGUCGUCAGUUUGUCGUAUUAGGUGACAAAGAAGUAGAUUAUGAUCCUAAUUUUCGUAUGUAUUUAACAUCAAAAUUACCAAAUCCUCGUUUAACACCGGCUCAUUUUGGUAAAUCAAUGGUCAUUAAUUAUACUGUUACACUUAAAGGUCUUGAAGAUCAAUUAUUAUCGGUUAUUGUUAAAAAUGAACGUAAAGAAUUAGAAGAACAACGUGAACGUUUAAUACAAGAAACAUCUGUAAAUAAAAAAUUAUUAAAAGAUUUAGAAGAUGCUUUAUUACGUGAAUUAUCAACAUCAACAGGAAAUAUGCUUGAUAAUAAUGAAUUAAUAUCAACAUUAGAAGAAACAAAAUCAAAAGCUGAUGAAGUUAAUGAAAAAUUACGUUUAGCAGCAAAAACAUCAAAAGAUAUUGAAAAAUUACGUGAUCUUUAUCGUCCAGCUGCUAAACGUGGUGCAAUAUUAUUUUUUGUUUUAUCAGAAAUGUCCUUAAUAAAUACAAUGUAUCAAUAUUCAUUAACAAGUUAUUUAGAUGUAUUUGAAUUUUCAUUAAGAAAAUCAAUACCCGAUGCUAAUUUAGAACGUCGUUUAAAAAAUAUAAUGACAACAUUAACAUUAAAUGUUUAUAAUUAUGGUUGUACGGGUAUAUUUGAAAAACAUAAAUUAUUAUUUUCAUUUGAUAUAACAAUUAAAUUAGAACAAGAUAGAGGAAAUUUAACUCAAGAUGAAUUAGAUUUUUUUAUUAAAGGAAAUAUAUCAUUAGAAAAAAGUAAACGAAAAAAACCAUUUAUAUGGUUAUAUGAUCAAACAUGGGAAGAUUGUGUUCGUUUAUCAAAAGAUUUUAGUGACGUAUUUGGAACAUUACUAGAUGAUGUUGAACAUAAUGAAAAACAAUGGAAACGAUGGUUUGAUAGUGAUACACCAGAAGAAAUUGAGCAAUAUCCAUUGGAUUAUUCGACACGUUUAUCAGCAUUUCAUUGUCUAAUGUUAUUAAGAUGUGAUCAAUUUGUUACACCACCUGUUGUUCAUUUUGAAGCCAUUUGGGAACAAAGUACACCAUUAUCACCAAUUAUUUUUAUAUUAAGUGCCGGUAGUGAUCCAACAACAGAUUUAUUAAAAUUAGCUGAACGAAUGGAAUUUGGUGUUACUAAAGUGAAAUUAUUGGCAAUGGGUCAAGGACAAGAAAAAGGUGCCAUUCAAUUACUUGAACAAGCAGCUAGUCGAGGCUAUUGGCUUAUGUUACAAAAUUGUCAUUUACUCGUUAAAUGGCUUUUAGAAUUGGAAAAACAUCUUGAUAAAAUGUCAAAACCACAUCCCGAUUUUCGUUUAUGGCUUACAACAGAGCCAACACCUAAAUUUCCUAUUGGAAUAUUACAACGAUCAUUAAAAGUUGUUACAGAACCACCCAAUGGUUUGAAAUUAAAUUUACGAAAUACAUUUUUUAAAAUAUCUGGUCAACAAUUUAAUGAUUGUCCACAUGAAGCAUUUCCAUCAUUAGUAUUUGUAUUAGCAUUUUUUCAUGCCGUUGUACAAGAGCGACGAAAAUACGAUAAAAUUGGUUGGAAUGUAUCGUAUGAUUUUAAUGAGUCCGAUUUUCGUGUUUGUAUGCAAAUAUUAGAUACGUAUUUGACAAAAGCUGUAGCAAAUAAUGAUACAAGAAUUCCAUGGGGUUCAUUGAAAUAUUUAAUUGGAGAGGUAAUGUACGGUGGACGAGCAAUUGAUGAUUUUGAUCGACGAGUGUUACGAACAUAUAUGAACGAAUACAUGGGGGAUUUUAUUUUUGAUACAUUUCAACCAUUUUAUUUUCAUCAUAGUCCAGAUGUAUCGUAUUAUAUUCCAACAACACAAGUAGAUCCACAACAACAAGGAUUACCAAUGAAAGAAAUGUGUCUAGAAUAUAUCGAAUCAUUACCAUUAACAAAUACUCCAGAAGUAUUUGGUUUACAUCCAAAUGCAGAAAUUGGCUAUUAUACAAAGUCUGCACGUGAUAUAUGGGAACAACUAAUCGAAUUACAACCACAAUCUGGUGAAGCCACUGGUGGAAUGAGUCGUGAUGAAUACAUCGAUAGUACAGCAGCUGAUAUACUAAAACGUGUACCACCUCAAUAUGAUACUGAUAAAGUUUGGAAAAAAUUUGGUGGUGAAUCGAUUUCUCCAACAUCCGUGGUGUUAUUACAAGAAUUAGCUCGAUUUAAUAAUUUAACAUCAACAAUAACAAGAUCAUUAACAACAUUGAGACGAGCAUUGAAAGGUGAAGUAGGAAUGUCAAACGAAAUGGAUGAUUUAGCACGAGCUCUCUAUAAUGGACAAUUGCCUCCAAUGUGGAAAAAAUUAAUACCUGCAACAAAAAAAAAUCUUGCCACUUGGAUGGAUCAUUUUCUGAGAAGAAAUCAAUUGUACAACGGUUGGGUGAAUGAAGGUGAACCAAAUGUCAUGUGGCUGUCCGGUUUACAUAUUCCUGAAUCAUAUUUAACUGCACUUGUUCAAGCAACAUGUCGUAAAAAUGGUUGGCCACUAGAUAAGUCAACAUUGUACACACAAGUAACCGAAUGGGAAAAAGCAGAAGAUGUAACAGAACGUGCUCAUCAAGGUUGUUUUAUAACUGGACUCUAUUUGGAAGGAGCAAGUUGGGAUGUUCGAAAAUGUUGUUUAUUAAGACAACGUCCAAAAGAACUUAUACAAGAAUUACCAGUUAUGAAAGUUAUUCCAAUCGAAUCACACAAACUUAAAUUACAGAAUACAUUACGAUGCCCUGUUUAUGUCACGUCCGAUCGUCGUAACGCAAUGGGAGUGGGUUUAGUGUUUGAAUCUGAUUUAUCCACAACUGAACAUAGCAGUUAUUGGGUAUUACAAGGUUUCUGUCUUAUUUUGAAUACUGACUAA